AUGAAAAUCAAAAAGGACGUCAAGGAACUGUUUUCAAAAACGCCAGCAGAUAUCUGCGUGCCCAGAGAUUAUGACGGGUCGCUUCAGAACGUUGCUAUCGUCAUUCUGGGCCCAGAAGCAACACCCUACUAUGGAGGAGCGUGGCAGAUGGUCAUCAAGGUACCCUCAGAUUACCCCCAGUCUGCUCCAAAGGCUUUCUUCAAAACUCGAAUCUUUCAUCCAAAUGUCCAGCCCUCCACCGGCGAGGUCUGCGUCGACACACUCAAACGAGACUGGACCCCGACAACUUCUCUGUGCGACAUCCUCGUCACCAUCAGAUGUCUCCUAGUACACCCCAACCCUGAGUCGGCGCUCAACGAAGAGGCCGGAAAGCUGCUUCUAGAGGACUACGCUGCCUUCUCUCGAACAGCUCGUCUCAUGACUAAUGUCCAUGCUCUCAACAGAAGCGACUACGUCAAGGAAGAACAAACUGAGCCUCCAGCAUCGGCAGUAUCCAGCACAAAAAGAACCCAACACUCAUCUUCGCCUGAUGAAGAUGUGCAGACACCCAUGGACGGCUCCAUUUCUGCAUCGCAACUCGAAAUUCAGCUUGCACCAAAACCAGCCAAGAAACCAAAACGGAAAACCGGCCUCAAACGGCUCUAA